CGCGCGGGCUGCGGGCUGCUGGGCACCCCGGGAGCAGCGGCGGCUCUAGCAGAGACGGCCGUGGCAGCGGAAGGUUCUCUUUCCAGGGCUGGACUUAAUAACUUUGGGACUGUCCACCAGAGUCACGUCCUGAACAUGAGCCUCCUCCUCUCCUUCUACCUGCUCGGGUUGCUUGUCAGUAGCGGGCAAGCUCUUCUUCAAGUGACGAUUUCGCUUAGCAAAGUAGAGCUUAGUGUGGGUGAAUCUAAAUUCUUCACAUGUUCAGCAAUUGGUGAACCUGAGAUUAUAGACUGGUAUAAUCCCCAAGGAGAAAAGAUAAUUUCUACACAGAGAGUAGCUGUGCAGAAGGAUGGUGUUAGGUCAAGAUUAACCAUAUACAACGCAAACAUAGAAGAUGCAGGGAUAUAUCGUUGUCAAGCAACAGAUGCCAAAGGACAGACGCAAGAAGCUACAGUUGUUUUGGAAAUUUACCAAAAGCUCACUUUCAGAGAAGUGGUGUCUCCUCAAGAAUUCAAACAAGGAGAGGACGCGGAAGUGGUUUGCAGAGUUAGCAGUUCACCUGCACCUGUUGUCAGCUGGUUGUAUCAUAAUGAGGAAGUCACCACCAUUUCCGACAAUCGGUUCGCUAUGUUAGCAAACAAUAAUCUGCAGAUUCUCAACAUCAGUAAGAGUGAUGAAGGCAUAUACAGGUGUGAAGGAAGAGUGGAGGCACGGGGAGAAAUUGACUUCCGGGAUAUCAUUGUUAUUGUUAAUGUGCCACCAGCAAUCACAAUGUCUCAGAAAUCCUUUAAUGCCACAGCAGAGAGAGGUGAAGAUAUGACAUUAUCCUGCAGGGCCUCUGGCUUUCCAGAACCCACCAUCAGCUGGUACAGGAAUGGCAAGCUCAUUGAAGAAAAUGAAAAGUACCUAUUGAAAGGAAGCAAUACAGAACUUACUGUCAGGAACAUAAUCAAUAGUGAUGGGGGCCCUUAUGUUUGCAGGGCCACAAAUAAGGCGGGAGAAGAUGAAAAACAUGCAUUCCUCCAAGUUUUUGUACAGCCUCACAUAAUACAGCUUAAAAAUGAGACUACGUAUGAAAACGGUCAAGUCACACUUAUUUGUGAAGCGGAAGGGGAGCCUAUUCCAGAAAUCACUUGGAAAAGAGCUGUGGAUGGUAUCACAUUUUCUGAAGGAGAUAAGAGCCCAGACGGCCGUAUCGAAGUCCAAGGGCAGCGUGGAAGCUCGUCGCUGCACAUUACAGACGUGAAGUUGUCAGAUUCAGGCAGAUAUGACUGUGAAGCGGCGAGUAGAAUUGGAGGGCAUCAAAAGAGCAUGUACCUUGAUAUUGAAUAUGCUCCCAAGUUUAUGUCAAACCAAACCAUUUAUUACUCUUGGGAAGGAAAUCCAAUCAAUAUAAGCUGUGAUGUGAAAUCUAAUCCACCAGCAUCCAUCCACUGGAGAAGAGAUAAAUUAAUAUUACCAGCUAAGAACACCACUAAUUUAAAGACAUAUAGUAUAGGAAGAAAGACGAUAUUGGAGGUUGCACCUACAUCUGACAAUGACUUUGGACGAUAUAACUGCACAGCCACUAACCAUAUAGGAACCAGAUUUCAAGAAUAUAUUCUUGCUUUGGCUGAUGUGCCAUCCAGCCCCUAUGGAGUGAAGAUUAUAGAGUUGUCCCAGACCAUGGCCAAGGUUUCCUUUAACAAGCCAGAUUCCCAUGGUGGGGUGCCUAUUCAUCACUAUCAAGUGGAUGUCAAAGAAGUGGCGUCAGAAACCUGGAAAAUAGUACGCUCCCAUGGAGUUCAAACAAUGGUUGUUUUGAACAACCUGGAACCAAAUACAACAUACGAAAUCAGGGUUGCAGCUGUAAAUGGAAAAGGGCAAGGAGACUACAGUAAAAUAGAAAUCUUUCAAACACUACCAGUUCGUGAACCAAGUCCUCCAUCAAUCCAUGGACAGCCAAGCAGUGGGAAGAGCUUUAAACUCAGCAUCACCAAACAGGAUGAUGGAGGGGCACCUAUUCUGGAGUAUAUUGUCAAAUAUAGAAGUAAAGAUAAGGAAGACCAGUGGCUAGAGAAAAAAGUGCAGGGAAAUAAAGAUCACAUUAUUUUGGAGCACCUACAGUGGACAAUGGGGUAUGAAGUGCAAAUUACAGCUGCCAAUAGAUUGGGAUAUUCUGAACCGACAGUCUAUGAGUUCAGCAUGCCACCAAAGCCCAACAUUAUUAAAGACACACUUUUUAAUGGUCUUGGGCUUGGAGCAGUCAUUGGCCUGGGAGUUGCGGCAUUAUUGCUGAUCCUGGUUGUGAUAGAUGUCAGCUGCUUCUUUAUUCGACAAUGUGGAUUACUGAUGUGUAUCACCAGGAGAAUGUGCGGGAAGAAAAGCGGCUCCAGUGGCAAAAGUAAAGAACUGGAAGAAGGAAAGGCUGCCUAUCUGAAAGAUGGAUCAAAAGAACCAAUAGUGGAGAUGAGAACAGAGGAUGAAAGAAUUACUAAUCAUGAAGAUGGGAGCCCAGUAAAUGAGCCAAAUGAAACUACACCACUAACAGAACCUGAAAAAUUGCCUUUAAAAGAAGAAAAUGGCGAAGAGGUCUUAAAUCAAGAAACUAUAGAAAUUAAAGUUGCUAAUGAUAUACAAUCAAAAGAAGAUGACAGCAAAGCAUAAUGACAAGGUUACAACAGCUUGAACAAUACUACAAAGAGUAUUCGGAUUACAGUGACCCUAUGACCAAAACUAUUCCAUUGACCUUAAUUUCUUGGGAAACUUUUAGCUUGGAAUAGCUUGUACACAUAUACAUAUGAUCAAGUACUCCUGUCCAUGGUCCUUUAUCUUUUGUUGUUGUUGUUGUUGUUUAUUUUGUUAAAAAUUUCAAUAUAGAGACCUGACUGGCACCAACACUUGGGUACCAAUUUGAUUCGAUGGUUGAAGUACUACAAUUUAUUAUAUGGCUAAAGAGCUCUAUUUCUUAAGAACUAUAUUCCAUACCACAGCCACUCCAACAAAGAGGGGUAUAGGAAAAAAGAAAAUAGCAACAACAACAAAAAAACUUUGUGAGAUAAAUGUAUAGGAAAUCUCUGCAUGGUCUGGAGUCUUACCUUAGGCAAUUAGAUCAUUAAAGUGGAUUUUCAGCUUAAGAUGACAGCGCUUAAUAAAUGUAAUACUUUAUAUCAGGAGAAUUUCAGGAAACCCAGGAUUUAAAGGUGUCAGAUUUCCAUAGCAGGUAUUAAAAUUGAGAGACACUUUGGAGAGCUAUUUUCAAGUUAUGAUUACAGUGCUAUUUCAAUGUCGAUUUUUAAUAGAGUGAAGUGCCAGAUGAAAAUUGUUACCCAUUUAAAAGAAUAUUAGUUGUGUGUGAAACUAGAUUAGAAAGACCCCUAAAUUUCUGUCUCUUUAUAUAUGUCAUAUUCAUUCAGAAUGGAUUACGACAAAUAUUAAAUAUAUUGCAAGUGAAAAUAAUAUUGAUUUCUGCCCUCAGCUUCAAAUAAAAUAAAUUGAAAUGGGAAUAAUAUCAAUAUGUUGUCUUGAGAUAUUUAUAAAUAUGUGAUUAUCUUUUAUUUUUUUAAUAAUCUUACCAAACAAGUCUCUAGAGUUCAAAUACCUAAAACCGUAGCCUCAGAUGCAUUUUUUAGGCCAUAGUUUUAAAUUAUCUUCAUUUAAAACUGAUAUUCCCAGUGGUAUAGGUCAAUCAUUUGAAUUUAAUUGGCUAAAUGGAAAUGAAAAUCUUCAGUUCUAUUAAAUUAUUUAAUGUUUAUACAUGUCAUAGAAGUGUCGAUGAAAAACAAUUGAAUUGCCACUGCGCUUAUUCUGAAUGUUGUAGCUAGAAGUCAUUUUAAGAUUUUGAUAAGCAAUUUUCGUUGGAAAAAUGCUGUAACUAUUCCACACAAACUUUCUAACAUCACUUGUUAGAACCUAAUCCAGAAUAAAAUACGUAUUAACUUCCAAGCUAUGCAAGCUCCCAGAGGUAAAAGACUGAAAUGUGAUUUUAACUUAUAUGUAGGGUAAAAGAUGUAUUUAUGAUUAUAAAUAUGGGAUACCAGUUGGGAGCAGGUUUUAGAUUAUUUCUUACCCUUGGGAAUCAAAAGUUUCUUUAGGCCUCACAACAUUCAUAACCUUUAGUGUUUCAGGUGGUAUUAGCUCAAAUACUGACUGGCUGGGGAGCGAGUUCCAAUAGAUGAUUGGUGGAAUUUUUAACAGUGCAGAGCCAGCCGCUUUGGGGUGUCUCUCUCUAGAGAUAUUUUGAUGAAUAUUAAAUGUAACAUUAAUGCCACUCAUAACCACAUUUAUUUACAAAGUGCUUGAACUGUCAGCCAAGGAGAGACAGUUAAUUAUAUGCCAUUCCUCACUCCUUUUGGCUGUCAGCAGGACAGAAUGUGCAUAUCUGCAUGUUAAGGCUAAAUCUCCAUAGUGUCCUUGCCAUAAUUAAGGUGUUUUAAUGUAGGAAUCGCUUCCUGAUAUCUUUUCUGGUAUAUUCUAUAGAAAAAGACAGGAAUUCCUGUGCCUACCUAGGAAUUUGAGUGGUGUCUAAACAAACAAGCUAGGUCGGUCCAUUUGACAAAGUUGACUAUCUCAUUGGUUUCUUCAAGGAUUUGAACGUUGCUGUUUAGGUUAUGUUUCAUCAUCUGUUUUGCUUUAUGUUACUGUUUUGCUUUUUUUUGUACCAAUAUGCUAAAACUAGCCAAAAUACUUGAAUUACAUUGUGUCAGCAUAAAUGCGCUUCGAAAGCGUUUAUGAGGUAAUAGCAAAGAAGGUUAAUUAUUUUCUGGAUGGAACCAUGUGGUUUUAAACUGAUGCUGGUGAAAGAGUUUGGAAAGCUGGGAAAGAGACUUAGCGUAUUUCCUAUUGUCCCACCUGUUAUGCUUCAAGAGCAGAAAUAAUAAUAAACAAAAUAUUUUUGUGUUUUCUCAAUUUGAAUGUUUCUGUUUCUCU